UGAGUUGGUUCUGUCGCCGGCCUGCAGGUGUUGAUGGACUCCGAACGUUAAGGUCACAAUAUGUCAACCAGACGAACAUGCAUGCGUCUCAUGUAACACCUAAUAUUUCUUGAAUUUCUGUAAUGGUUUGCUCUGUCCCAUCAGUUAUUCUGUUUCACACCUGAAGAUCUCACAGCAGUUUGAAAAUGUCUGUGGUGAUCUUUAUCUUGCAUUUUUUAUACCACACCAGUUAUAGGUUCUAAGAGUGUAGUAUAAAAAACAUAUCACGCUGGCCAGAGAGACUUUUGGAAAAGACCUUUUGCAGGACAAUGAGAACACUCUUGGAAAUCAUAAAAAUGUAUUCACAAAUAUCUUCACUGAGGUGUUGUGCACUGCUUUUGCACAUUUCUUGUGGACAUUGUGAGAGUUGUUUUUGAAAGAGCUCACAUUGUCAUCUAAAAGGAAGUAUAACAGGCUGACAAUAGAAUCAAAACUAGACAUCAUCAAUCAUUUAAACAAAGAAGAAAGUGGAGUUGUUGUGGCAGUAUGCCAUUUUGUAUAUAUUAAUUUAAGUAUAGUUUUAGUCUUCUUUGUUCUUUGCUUUCCCUUCUAGAACUUCCUAUCCCUUUCUAAUCCUUCUUCUGUCCGCAUGGGGGGUCUGUUCCAAGAAAUAUCAAACAAUAGAAAGAACAAUGAUGGGCCAAAAGGGGAAGUAAAAGGAGGUCAUUCUUGAGCUGGAUCUUGGAUAGAACACACAGAGGUCCUUGUGGUCUGAGGAGAUCAGAAAGGACGUGCAGAGCAGUUAAGCUUUGGCGAGUACUAUGUGGCUCAAUAAGAGACUCGAUAAAGAGUGCUUUUUUUUCAAAGCAAGAGAUUUUGGAUUAUCACAAAAUUUGGAGAAUCAACUGAACUGCCUUGCGUGACAAAAGACAAGAGAAAAGCAAGAAGACUUGUCCCCAGUGGACCCCAUUUUGCAAGUGAAGAACGGUAUUCCCCAAAAAUCCCAGGUACUUUUCACAACUAAUCUCUCUAUCUACCCUCUUUUAAUUUCCAUUUCUUAUUUUCAUUUAGAUUGUAAGGUAGUUUUUAAGUUAAUAUUAAUUUCGGGUUAUUUUUGUUACGUGCAAAAUUUUUUUUUGUCUGUACUCGUGUGUAUUUCCGACAUGGGAAAAUCACUGGUGUUCAGCCUUAGUUGGGUUUCCAACAAAAGAUCCUGUGAUACUUGUUUUAUGCCUUGUAAAUAAACUUAUAUUAAUUGUUUCUGUUCACGAGUCAUGUCUUGGUAUUCCUUAUAUCUCUUUCGUCGGCAAAUUAUAUACACACAUAACUAUCACAUUGUUUAGCCAGAAGUCAUAACAUAAGCCACUCAUAGGAGUAUGCAGGAUUGACAGCUAGAGGCCUAGGGAAGUGGAGUAAGGAGUGUAAAUACAGCAUCAAGAAGGAACUUUCAUGACUACCCUAGUAGUCUUUGCCUAUGAUAAUGAUGUGUGUGUUGCAUUAGAUUAAGUAUGACUUUUAUGCCAUUUCUCCAACUUAACAGCACUUCAUUGCCUGAAAAGAACAGUAUAUAACUAUCCUUUUCAGGCAAUGAAGUGGUAUGGAAAAGGUUCAUUUAUUUGCAUAAAUAACCUUUUCCAUAAUGUCACUAGACAGUUGUGUUGUUAAUUUUGUAGCAAAGAUCUAUUUUGUUCAAAGGAACAUAUGUGAUUAUUUCUUUUGAUAAAGAUAAAGUUUGGCUCUCUUUAUGAUUAUUUUAUUAUCCUGACAUGAUGCAUUAAUGUAAAUUUUUUAGCAUUAUAUGGUUUGGUGUUCAGUUAUCCAAACCACCUUCAGUCCCCAUGAUCUUAGUUCUAGUCUACCUAUAAAAGCAUUUAUUUAUAAGUAAUAUCAUUAAAAAACACAUCAAUAAUUUAUUUUCUAAAUAAAAUUAUUAAUUCCAGGUUAAAAAAUUUGUUGAAGCAUGGUGCUAAGAAAAGUAUAUUUACUACCUUUAUUAUUGUUUGUUUUGAUUCCUGUAACAUUUCUGAUCACAUACGUCAUAUCUAUCUGUCUUCAUCAUGUUGAAAUUGAGUUUCCAUAUAUCAGUGAUACAGGAACUUACAUCCCAGAGAGUUGUAUUUUUGGAGAAUUGCUAACUAUUGUAGCACUUUUUUUAAUGGCAACAACCUAUGUGAAAUUUAAGCAAGUAGAACAAUACUAUCGUGAUCAUCUAUCAGCAGAGUCUAGUAAAGUUUUGAAGUUCAAUCUUGCAAGUUUAUGGAUGGGAUGGAUAGGUGCAUUUGGAGUGACCUUGGUUGCAAAUUUCCAGGAAACCUCUGUGUCAAUAGUACAUUUUAUUGGUACCUUUAUAGCUUUUGGAUCUGGCAUAGUAUAUAUGUGGCUUCAAACCAUAAUGUCUUAUUAUGCAUAUCCUCUUCUGAAUUCUUUAGCAGUAGCUCGUGUCAGACUUGGAUUGGCUUUAAUGUCAUCAGUAUGUUUUAUCAUAACUAUUGUAACAGGAGUUAUUGCUAUGAAACAUUUUAAUGGUAAAGAUCCAACAAAAUGGUAUCCAAAAGAUGGAGUAAGUAGUAAAUUAAAAUUACCAAUUUUUAUAUUAGAGUAAAUUUUCACACAUAACAUGGUUAAAGAA